GUUCUCCUACAGACAGAAGCAGCGGGAUAAAUUCCUUUUAUUUAUUCAAAUAAACGCGAGCAACUCUAAUCGUAAAACCUCGAUCUAGGGUUUAGCAUCGCCGUCGGCCGAUUGAAUCGGAGAAUGGUGAACCAGUACUCAGCUCAGGUUACUGCAUCGCAGGUCGGUUCGUACUUCGUUCAGCAGUACUAUCAGGUGUUUCAGCACCAGCGGGAGUAUGUGCACCAGUUUUACAAUGAUUCGAGCUCCAUGAUGCGAGUUGAUGGGGAAAUCAGCGAGUCUGCAUCUGAUGUGAUGACAAUUCAUGAAGUGCUUAUGUCUCUUAAUUUUUCCGGAAUUGAGAUAAAGACAAUAAAGUCACUUGAAUCAUGGAAUGGAGGUGUUCUUGUAGUUGUUACUGGCUCUGUCAAGUCAAGAGACUUCAAUUACUGGAGAAAGUUUGUGCAGACUUUUUUCCUUGCUCCUCAAGAGAAAGGUUACUUUGUUUUGAAUGAUAUGUUCCAUUUUGCCGAUGAUGAGGUGACGCACCAACCAUCAGCUCCAGUACAGGAACAGCAUGUUGAUUAUCACCCAACUAUUUCAUCUCAUCUUCCUGACCCACAUGCUACAACAGUUUCUGAUUAUGCAUUGGAGGAGGAGAUAGGCGAUUACGGUAACUCUGUUCAUGUUGAAGGCGUUGAGCCAGCUCUAGAGUACAGUUACGAGGAGCAUCUUCGACAGGAUACUGCUCAAGAGCUGGAACCAGAGCUGGAGCAGGGGCCAGAGCUUGAAGUUGACAGACUUGAAGAGGAAUCUCCUAUUGAAGAAAUACGUCAUGUUCUUCAAAAUCCACCAACUACUUUGCAAGAACCUCAGCUUUCUGUGGAGGAUCCUAUUGGAGAACCAGAGAAACUCACCUAUGCUUCUAUAUUACGGGUUAAAGGAAGAGCUCAACCACCACCAGUUUCGCAACCAGCUUACAUGCCAAGACCACCUAUUGCAGACUGGAACCAUAUUUCACAGCCUGUGGUGCAGCAGCGAAUCUCAACUCCUCCUUCAUCUGGUGUGGACGUAACGGAAGAAUCCUUACCGGUACAAGAAGGGGAACCAAAAUCUGUAUAUGUAAGAAAUUUGCCAUCUUCAGUAACAAGUCUUGAUCUUCAGCAAGAGUUUGAGAAUUUUGGGAGAAUCAAGCAUGAUGGAAUCUUCUUGAGGAACCGCAUGGAUACUGGUGUGUGCUAUGCGUUUGUUGAGUUUGAAGAUAUUCAGAGUGUUCGAAAUGCUCUCAAGGCUUCUCCUAUUCAAUUGGGUGGAAGGAAAGUAUAUGUUGAGGAGAGAAGACCAAACAGUGGCCCUGCUCGUGGUGGAAGGAGUGGGACACGAGGCAGAGGUGGGCGUGGUGGAAGGAGUUCCGGUAGGUGAGCGAAGUGCCACCGAUAUUAAAAGAGAACUGGUGGCUCCCGGUGCACAUGAUGUAGAAGUGAUUGCGUCAUCCAAUAACAAAAGUGGUUUGCAUGUUGACAUGACUCAGUUUUAUUGCUGAAGCAAAUGCUUCCUUUUGGUUGGUGUCCUUUUUUUUUCUUUCAAGUGAACUUAUUUUGAGAGAUCUUAUGAGUGGCCUUCGGGUUCAAAUUUUCUCACAUUUAUGGGUUUGUUUUCGUCCUCUUGGUUGCUUCAUCUUCCAAUUUUGGGGGGUGGGGGGUCCAUUUUGCACCGGUGCGCCUUAGGUAUGUUUUUAUCAGUAUUUGUAAGUUACCUGAAGCUCGUUGAAGUUUCUAUCUACAUGAAAACCAGUGGAAAUAGUUGACACACAAAUUGGUUGCUCCAUUGUAUGCACUUGCUACCAUUUCCCAUGUUAUUUGUACACAUUAACCCCAUCUUAUUUUUGAA